CGCAACCUGAACAAACACAACGCAAAAUCUCAAUCCGUUCAAAUCCAAAAACAACGACGUUGGACAAGCUCGAAAUUCCAUCUUUCCUGGCUGUUUGUACUCGCUCGUAUUUUGCUUUAGUCCAACAAUCUCCCUCAAGCCUCGAUUUACCACUAUUUUUCCAUUUGCCCGCCCGCCUGACUACCUGCCUGCCCUACCUGCACGCCCGCUUCCCUCGACCUACGUAAUUGCAGCAGAAUCGGGACUGCCCUGCUGCGCCCAUCAAUUGGCCCAGAUCUUGACCGACGCGGCGACGUAGGCCGAUCGACAUUCUGCCUCUUGCGACAAUAAUCAACCUAUUACAACCUCAUUCCCAUCCAACUGUGGUCAGAGCUGAGCUGUGCGCUGCCUAGUCGUGUACGCCCGAGCAACCCCAAGAUCGAGCUCCUCUUCCGUCUACCUCAAUUUCAUCUACCUCGCCGACCAAGCACAGUACCCCACAAAACCGGAACAGCGAACACCAGGUAGAACUGUCGGCCCUGGAGCAUGGCGACGCGUUACACCGAGGAGGUGCUUUUGCAUCUUCGUCUGUCGCCCUUGUGCGUCAGGCCUUCAAAUCUUCCACCUCCAGAAGAAUGGAUGGGCCCUCCUCCAGAUAAUAUUCGCAAUUCGACCAGGACUACUACAGACAACAGAUCCAAAGCUCAAGAUGCGCCGCUGGCAGAUUAUACUAACAGGAGACCGGAAGCCAACCGGCACGCUUCUCGCAACAGUGCCAACCCCGACGAUAUCAUCCUCGGGCCACCUAGGACGAGCUUCGCAUCCGCAUCUGCCCGCAACAGCUUUAAACUGGGGGACAAUGACAAGCCGCCGCGAGAUCAGGAGCCUCGAGGAGACCGGUUUAAUUUCCGUAAUCGGAAUGGCGAGCCCGACCAGUCCCACGAUCGUGCAUCCGAUCGCUUCCGUGAUGGCAGAGGCAACCUACGUAGACGCGAUGAUGGCGACCAAGACAGUGAUGGAUGGAGCACCGUGAAGCCUCGGAAGAGUUUCGGCCACGAAGGCGCCGAGCGCUUCCAACAUGGACGAGGGGGCGCCUUCAGAACGGACCAGACCCGGGACGAGCGUAAGAUGCGGGAUAAGGACGAGUUUGAUUCGACUAGAGACCGUCAACGCCGGCCUUUCGACAAUCACGGGCGGGACAGGGACGGUGACGACGCCGACCCACGCUGGAACCUGACGCGAGGAAGGUCGGAGCCUUGGUUUAGGGAUAACACCCAUGAUGACCGUGAUCGGGGAGACAGAGCGGACCGGCAGGACCGCGAGAGGCCCUCCCAACGGGAGCGUAUCGACCGUGCCAAGAGCUGGCGGGAUCGCGAUCAACAUGAUCAGCGUGACCGGGUCGACCGUCACAAUGACCGCCGGUUCGAUCACCGCAAUGAGCGUGACCCUGAAUGGCUUGAUGAGCCAGCGGGUGAAAAGGCCGGAGGUCAUACGGAGGAAGAUUUCAAAAAGUUUAUGGAGAGCAUGAAGGCUGGUCAGAGUGGCCCCAAGAAGCCAGAGAACACGCAGCCUUCGCAGGCUGAUAACGCUAGGGGUAACAACGUCAACUUGCCCAAGUCUGAGCCGGCAGCCAAGUCAGCAAACAGCGAGGACAAGUUUUUCUCCAAGUUCAUCUCCCCAGUGGACGCUGGAUCCGAGAAGCAAGAUGAUCACUCCAAGAGGGACAGCCUUCCAGGGGGUCAGGCUUCCAAGUCUUCAAGGUUCACCUCCUUUUUCGCGGCACCUCAGGCCCAUGCCGAGCCCCCGGCGCCACCUCAGCCCGAAGUUGGUUCGACUGCCCCAAUGCCUUCCGGUCAUCUGCCCCCAGGUGCCAAUGGCGGCGCACUCGCGGCCUUCUUCGGAGGCGCUUUCGAGGCAGGCUCGAAUUCGCAUGCGCCGCAGCAGGACCAGUCAGAGAAGCAGGCAUUUGCAGCUUUGUUGCAGAAGCUCCAACUUCAAACCAUUUCCAGCCCGAGUCCCACUGCGUCACCACAUGCACCGCCUCCCGCUUCGGGUCUAGAACAGCCCCCAAUGGGGCAGCAGCAGCAGCCACCCGCGGCACAGAAAUCGCAACAGCAGCAACAAAAUUCGAUGCUUCCUAACCAGCAUCAUCAGCAACAUCAUCAGCAGUCUGCCCAACAAGGACCGGGCCAGCCUCCACGCCCUCAACAGCAGCAGCAGCAACAACAACAACAGCACCAUCAUCUUCAGCUCCAGCACGCUAUGCAAGAUGCCCGUCAGAAGAACGCGGCCCUCUCGCCGGAGCAUUUUCAACAGUACGGAGGAGAACGACGUGGCCCACAGCCUCCGCACUUCCAAGAGAUGGUCGGUGGCCGCGGUAUGCCACCGUCGCAGCCAGUAACUACACGCCCUGAGCAGAUGCUUCAGGAUCUAGUGGAACAGCGUCAUCAAGCUCCUAGCCAGGGGAGCGGCCAUGGAGACAAUAUGGCACCACAGGUUAACCCACAACACGAAUUUUUGAUGCAGCUUAUGCAGCGUCAUCGCAACGAGCCGGAACCCCGGAGGACAGAAGAGCUCCUUAUGAAGAUGCCCCAGCCUCAGAAACAGGCUGUGAACCUGCCAAUGAUGGCAGAGAGAGAACUUGAGUUCCAGCGCGAGCGCCAGGCGAGUGCUUCGCAAAGGCCUAUGAGGCCCCAAGGCCCACCUGGCUUGUUCGAGGAUCAGUUUCAUCGUCCCGAAGUCGACGGGCGGCCACCUCAGCCUCAGGGACAGGGCCGCCCAGCUCAAGGACAACCUCAACCGACUCAGAUCCUACAGCGCCCGCCGCCUGGUCUUGAUCAUCAAAUGCACCCUGGCUUCAUGCCUGGAGGUGCCCAGGGUCCUCCAUUCGGACAGCAAAGAGGCCCAAUGAUUCCGCCUCCCGGCCUUCCGGGCGGUCUGCCGGGUCUUGGCGUUCCCGGCGUUCCAGUAGGCGGACCUAUCGGGCCAGCAAGCCCCAACCGUCACAUUCCGGGCAUGUUCCCGCCAAACUUCCCACCCGGCGCCUUCCCACCUCCAGAGGCCAUGGUAGGGCCACACCGGAUGCAACCACCACCAGGCUUGUUCGGGGGUCCCCCACCACCGGGUCACCCAGGAUUUCCGCCUCCCGGGCCCCCAGGGCUUGCUGCGUUUCAGGGUGGGCCUGAUGGAAUGCCUCUAGGGGCCCAUUUUGAUGGCCGUGGGAUGCCACCUCCCGGCGGUGGUGGGCAUUUUCGUCGGUAAUAAGUGUCCGCAAGACUUAGUAGUCGCAGUUUAAAACAAGGGUGCGCGAUGGUUUGGAGUGUAUGGACGAAUGUUUUGUUGGACUGGAGAUGAAUAUAUCUUGUUAGCCUCACCAUGUAUGAUCGAGUCCGUUGGACAAUUUUAGGAGCCAACGCAUAAUUUUCGAAGUGGGGAUGCCAUUGCUUUAUGAAGCAGCAACCGCAUAUGUUGCGUUUCAUUGUUUUAGCUAUGAGCCAAAUCAAUGUCAUGGGCCUUUCCAGCAACAAAAGUAAUCAGCUUUCGGGAUUGGAAUUCAAGUGCAAGCCGUUGAAAACUCGACAGUCGACAGGCAUGCUAUUUGGGUUUCAUCGCAUGAAUCUAAUGCAAUCUGAACUAUGCUCAAAG